AUCUAUCGUGCAGACGGCCUUGUGUCCCGUUUGCCUGAAGCUCGGAGAGAGACUACUGUACUGAAAGUCUGGCGGAUAGAGAGAGAGGGGGGCCGGUCUAUGGGAGGGACUAGCGCAAAGGGGGGAAUUGGAAGGAGGAGGGGGCGAGGAGGAGGAGGCGGCACGGGUGCUGUUUCUCCAGUCUCUUUCCCCUGUCUUUGUCUCACACACUCUUUUGUUAGCCAUGCCUAGCCUGCUGGUUCUAGCAGGGAUGAUGGAGAAAAAUGGGGGCUACGGCGGGGAUCUGGCCGGCUCCGGCUUCGGAAGCGAGGGUCUCCUUGUGCCGCCCGAUGAGGAGGAAGACGACUCCCGUGCCCUCAGGGUCGCGCUGGGCCAGUUGUCUCUGCUGGGGCUCGGGGAAGGCGAGGACGGCGGCGGAGCCCCAACAACAGGAGUACAGGAUCGGAGCAACAAUAACAACAACCACCACAACCACACGAACAGCGUCGGAGGGAGCGGGGACACGGCGAUACUGCAAGGGAAGAGCAAGUUGUGCGCCCUGUACGAGAGCUCCUCAAGUGAGACGAAAGGACGAGGCUGCAACAUAACAGAAUGCGUCCCAGUGCCCAGCUCUGAACAUGUGGCCGAAAUAGUGGGGAGACAAGGUAAACCGCUGGCUUGCAAAUUAUUCCCCGUCAAACUUGUGCUUAUACCCCGCUAAGUGUGCUGCAUUAUCCCCGCCGUGGUUUCCUGUGCGCUUUGUUUUUUUGUUCUCUAACUGUUACCUGGUGUUAUUUGACAAAGAAAAGGGAGUGGUGUGUGUGUGUGUGCUCGCGUGUUUUUUGUACUCCCCCGAGACAUCAGCCUCCCACUUUUUCUGCUCCAACGUUGCAAGUUCUCGUGUACUCAUCAUAGGGCUCGUUCAUUAAAACAAGUCGUUGUGUGCCGCUUUGUGUUUAUUUUGCUUUUGAGUCAAUUUGCACAGAGGCACGAGAAAGAGAGAGAGAGAGAAAGAGACCCGAUCCCUACUGGGCGAAUUAUUCUACAUCCACGCCAUCAAUGUCAGCGCACAGACACACACUGGAGCACGGAGAGCACUUGCUUCCUUUGUCGUCUGAGACGCGCCAGACUGUUCAAAAAGGCAACGUGCGGCUGGCGAGGAGAGGAAUGUCUUUCACUUUGACUUGUUUGCUAGGAAAAUACCCAAAUGUGCACAUUUUUUGGUCCCAGUGGUGGAGGAUGUUUUUCCUCUUCCCAAAUUUAUUCAGCUCGUUGUUUAUGUUGCGCACUGCCCCAGUGACACAAUUGGACAAAAGAGCCAGCGUGGUCCACUUGUUUUUUUUCAAAUGAGGGAGUUGGAAAGUUCAAUUCCACGCGCAUUACACACACUCCUGGUUUUUCUUUCAGUUUGAGGUGAUUUAUUGAACAAAGAGCCAAAGUUGAAUGACAGCAGCUGUCAAACAAAGGUGUGAAAGUCGGGGGGAUAGAUAAGGGGAGGGGCGCAUUAAGACAGUAGUGCUGCUUGCCACACGGGAUGGCCUCAAAGGGUGACUCAGCUAGAAGUUGCACCAGAGGGUUGGGAAUCCUUUUUGUUUGAACAGGGUAUUAACUUGUUUGUGCUUGUUUGCUUUUUAAGGUGAUUUAUCCGCCUCACCAAGUUCCAUAUUCAUGCUCUGGAAAAGCUCAAAGUUGAUUUGAAGGAGGAUACCCAGAUGAUGCUGAAAUGUAUGUGCUCGUUCUUUCGCUUCCUGCUGGUGAUAAUACGACUUGCCCAUUGUUAGCUGUUGUGAUGAACCCAGGGGUGAGAGGGGCAGAGAAAACAAGGACAAGGAGGGAAGGGCAGUAUAGCAUCUAAAAAGCUGAAUGGGAGUCACGCCUUGGAGCUCAGCACAAGGGGCUCCUCAUGAGCCCCACUCCACUGCACACUCUCAAUGCCACAUGGUUGUGUGUCAGGAGAGAGGGAGGAAUGGGCGGGUGAACUGAAGGGAGUACAAAGACUGCAGAGUGGGUGAGGUAGUAUGAGCAAAAUCCUGUUUUGCUUUUUUUUUUACCACAAAAACAAACAGGUAUCGAAGAACAGCAAAACGGUUUCAAUCAGAGGAGUUAAAACGACAUCUUUUGUCGGCGAUGUGGUUCCAGUUUUUGCUGCGAAGUGCCCCCUGCCUCCCAUUGCGGCUCCCGUUCUUUUAGUCUGAAGUGUAAGUUUUGAAUUUUAAUGGGGUAACCGAAGACAGCCCGAGGGUGGAUCCAGUAAGUACAAGUGCAGUGAGAGGGCCCUUUUGCUUGACCAGGAAGAAGUGCUGAUUUUGGGGGAUUUGAGUCGAGCUGCUUUUGAUUCAGGCCCUUCGUUAGCUGGAAAUGCGUACACACCCCCUUCUCCUCAGCACAGCGCAUCACAGUCCUCCUGGUGGAUGUGGCAAACAGAGCAUCCUGUCAUAAAGAAAGGGUUGGAUAUGAUUGUUUUCCCCUCGUCAGAGUCAAAGGCAUUGAUUUCGGGGAUGCUCUUGUACCUUCCUGUGACCGUUUUGAGGCUUUGUUUGGAAUCACGUGCGCCUUUUUCGCCGCGUUUUUACGGCUGAGAAUGAAUUCGUCUCCAGUGACCUUAAUUUCUGGUUGUGAUUAAUUAAUCUCUACCUGUUUUGUUAACAGAUAAUUCUUUAAUUGAGCCAUAAAUUCGGAUUAAUUGAAAGGUGCGAUACAGUCCCAGAAAGCAUAUUUGGCAAUUGCUCUUUGAUCCCCCGUGGCAUGGACAGGUCUAUUAACCUAAUACCUGGCAAUGGCCACAAUGGGCAUGUUCAAAUUUCGGUAUGAGCAAUUUUAAACCUUCAGCACCACUAUCCUACCGGUUCCGGAGAGGUAAGUGUUCCUGAACAAAGUGUGCCUAUUUGGUAGCAUUAGAGCGACAUUCGCCUCCAACUUAAGGUGUCUUAUAAAGCUUUUGAAACCUGCUGCUGUGAUUUUCAGAUACGUAAUGCAACGAUGUGCUGUUUGAUUUGAAGCAACCCGAGUGUGGUAAGAUGAGCUCACAUUUGCUCACUGGAUGGACGCCUGAUGAUUCUUGCUUGUCUGAAGAGACUGAUCGGCCUCUUUAAGAAGUGGCUGAGAAGAGAAAGGCAUAUUGAAAUCAAUAAUUGUGGAAGUCUUAAUGAGGAAGCUGCCUGAGUUUCUGAAUGAAAACUGACCCCAGGAAUGCCUGCUGCUUCAAGGGGUGUUACGUAAACAAAACCACUCUGUCCUUUCCUUUGCUGUUCUUCUUGACCUUAAAUCUACCUGAAAAUCCUCUGAAGUAUUGCUUGAUUUACUGAAUGUCCAGUCAUGGAGUGGCAUUUACUUGAACUCUCUCACAUCGAGGCUCUUCCUUGAAAGCUCUCAGUGAGGUAAACUAGCACAAACUGAUCACAACCACGACAAAUUUAGCACCAUAAAUGGCCCAAAACAUGAAGCACAUGUGGGUUGACUGUAUAGUCUCGCAGUUCAAGGAGAGGUCAGACAGUGAUUGCUCACCAGCAUCGAGCAAAUGUAUUGCAUCUGUUGUGUCUCAUACAGCCCCAAAAAACAGACAUGCCUACUCUGCCAAUCCCUCUGCAUCGUCCAUGUAUCCUUUGGUGAGAUAAGUGUACCUUAUUUAGAGCUAAUAAAUAGCUCUACAGAAUAAGUGCACAAAUGCUGUGCUGCUGGACAACUCAUAAAUCAUGGUUAUUAUUCCAUGUUUCCUAGGCUGAGGCCACUUGCUGCAUUAAUCUGAAUUCACAACAAACAAAGGAGGGUUGAGGAUUUCUGUUAGCUCAUCAUGAUGGCACUUGUAGUUGUUUCACUUCAUUCCUGACACACACACAGGAGUCAACUGGUCAUAUUUACUUACUUUGAAAUGUUUGUCGGUGUCUCUGCAGGUUGCAAGAUCAAAGCCCUGCGGGCCAAGACCAACACCUACAUCAAAACCCCUGUAAGAGGAGAGGAGCCGGUGUUCUUAAUCACUGGCCGGAAGGAGGAUGUUGCACUGGCUCGCCGUGAAAUCAUCUCUGCUGCAGAGCACUUCUCCAUGCUCAGAGCAUCCCGCAACAAGCUAGGAGUGUCCUUUAGCGGCUCUCCGCCCACACCUUUGCCUGGUCAGACUACCAUUCAGGUGAGAGUGCCAUACCGUGUUGUGGGGCUGGUCGUGGGGCCUAAAGGCUCCACCAUCAAACGCAUCCAGCAGCAAACCUGUACUUACAUCGUCACCCCGAGUCGGGACCGCGACCCCGUCUUUGAGAUCACGGGGUCACCAAGCAACGCCGAGCGGGCCCGCGAGGAGAUAGAAGCACACAUUGCCUUCCGAACAGGAGGCCUGCACGACCACAAUAAUGAGAACGACUGUUUGGGGCCAAAUGGAGGAAGCAGCCCAGCGGGCAGCAGCGGUGGUCUGGAGAGCCGGCUACAGCAGGUGUGGGGGCUGCAGGGGGGCCAGCGCAAGCCCCUCACCAGCAGCUACCGCCAGAACUUCUCAGAAACCAUGGUUGGAGGGGGAGGGGGAGGAAGCGAGGGAGGAGGAAUCUACACCAAGAGCAACUUCUCCAGCUCUGGAGAGAAGCCUUGCUCUUAUUUUGGAUCAGAUGGUACCCAAAGCUGGGGCGACCCUGACUACCCCAAACAGGUGGCCUUCUAUGCCCAGCAGCGCUCCAAGAGCUUUGGAGGCCUCCCGCUCCCCCUGACUAGACUCUCCCCUGGCUUGACCGAGCCCUGUGGAGGUGGAGGAACCAACAACUCUUCAGUCACCAGCAUUGUGCCCGUAUCUGGUUCACCUCAUGCCCAGGCCCGCCGCGCCCACAGCGAGCCCACCUCAGCCGGGGAGGGUUUCCCAGGACGUCUGCCAGUGCCGGACUCGCCACCGGCCACUGUGCGGGACUGCAUGACCUGCUUUGAAAGCAAAGUGACGGCUGCCUUGGUGCCCUGUGGCCAUAACCUCUUCUGCAUGGAGUGUGCCAUCCGAAUCUGUGAGCUCAACCACCCGGAGUGCCCAGUGUGCCACACCCAGGUCACACAGGCCAUCCGAAUAUUCUCUUAAGGAACCACAUCAGUUUUUAUCAUUAGUUUUGUCAGUGUUUGUUCAAUAAUUAUUUCCUGUUAUUCUGAUUAUUAUUAUAAUACACAUUUUUGUUUUUCAGAAAAUUUAAAAACAAUCAAGCAGAUAUUUUAGAAGGCACUGCUUGCUUUACUAAAAAGUAUAAGAAAUAUUUUUAAGUUUUUCUUUUAUAUAUAUAUAUGCAUAUAUAUUUUAUAAAAGUUUUGUUUAUAAGAGAAGUAUAGUACCUUGCAUUUUCAGUUUUUUGGACUGCUGCUGUUUUUCAUUCAUGAAUCACAGUGUAGGCAGAGGUAGACAGUAAUGUGAACAUUUUAUUAUUCAAAUUUUUAUUUUACCAUGAAGUGGGUUUAUAUGGAAGGAAAGAAGAUGAUUGUUGAGGCACCCAAUCUGCACCUGACUGACCUAGAAAGUCAAUGUUGUUAGAAGAAGAAGAAAAAAAAACCCUAGAAUUUUCAUUGCACCUUACAAUCAUCUUGAUCUAAAAUAGGAGUUCAAUCAAACCUUGAAAUUUUCGGGAGCUGAUGUGCAGGUGGAGUCAGCCUUUUCAGAUUUACUGUGAUUGUGAUUUUGAUAUAAUUGGUCCAGAACAGAUAUUUUAUCAAAAUGAAAAUGUGAAUAGAUUGGUUGUAGCCUUGUAAUCCAAACUAAGAACAAAGGGCGGCUUUUUUCUUUUUUCAGUCUUACACCUUAAAGUCUCAUGAAACAGAUUAAUCCUAAAAAAAAAAGGGAUAGGACACUACAUCAUUAAUUUAACUAAUGCUACACUCAAUUGGCACCAUUGUUUAGAGAUAGGCAAAAGUUGUGUAUUGGUAAAAUCUUUUUUUCCAGUAGCUAUUGAUUACACUUUGGUCGCUGCAGUUUGUUGAAAAGAUUUAGUAAUGCUUGCUCCUCGUGGCACUUGAAAAGCAUGUGGUUCCUCGGUUGGCUUAAAGCACUGAUUUAAUUUGUGAGGCCGAAAGCCUUGGAAUUCUUCCAGUUGGCUAGUUCUUGAUAUCCGUCUCCCCAAUGGACUUGUUUCAAAGCCACCUUAGCCGCGCUUUAUUGUCUCGUGUGGUCAUUUGGCCACAUUCUCCGAACAAUAUAGGACAAAGAAAGAGCUCCAGUCAACAGGCAUUUCUCUGAGGUGUGCACUGUAAAUACAGAGGAGAAUUAGUACGUGGACAGAAGCCGAGGAAAACUGUAAAUUGUUCCCUGAAUCAGCAGCCGACUCCCACCAAAAUAGUUGACACUGUAAAAUACAGAGUCCCACACUAGUAAUCCUUACUCCCCAAUAGUAACAGCAUUAUGUGUGAGCUCGGAGGGGCCAGCUGUCUCCCCUGUAAUUAGCAAAUCUGUACAGGAGCAGGUGUUUCAUGGCACACUGUGGCUGUGACCCCAAGUUGGAGCUCUGGCCUUGCCCCCUUUCUUUCUCCCUUUUCUUUGGCUUUUAUGUCUCCCCCUGCUUACAGUUCGAUCGUUUGGUUUUCGAAGGCCUCUCUGAGCGGGGCGCAUUGUCUUGGCCCGCUAGCGGCGUGGGCUGCAGAGCGCCCGGACACGGCCUGGAUCUACUCAUUCAUAAUUAGGCAAAUGGGCUGGUCCAGGUGCGGACCGUGUGGGGACUCUGCAGCCGUGUGAGGAGUAAGACAGGGUCCUGCAGCGAGCCCCUUUCAGCCCCACCCCACUGUUACAAGCACAGAGGGGGCUGGAUGCAGCUGGGUGUAUAGGACCCCCUCCUUCCUCUCCCUCUUACCCCUUCCUCCCCUCUUUUUCCUCUCCUUUUCUGCCACUCUGAGCUAUCCCUACUGGGGAGCAGGGGCCUCUUUUGUCCCAAAACACACACACACAUUCGAAAUUUGAAAGACAGUAGCUGAAAUUGGCAGCGCCUGUGAAAUAAGGGGAGGCUUUGGUGAAAAAUAAAUUAUCUACAGUUAUCAGGAGGCUACCAGCUACCUGUUCUCGGGGUUAACACCACAAAUUUGCUGCACGCACACUGUAAAUGAUAGAAAACGUGCGUGUUCACCUACAAAACAAAGAUUGCGUGAUCUCAUCACACAGGGGGCAGCAUUAACCCCCCCUCCCCUCCCCUCCCCUCCCGAAUGCGCCGCCCUGAAAUCUGGAAGGGGUCGUUUUUGUGUGACAGCGCCAAUGCAGAUCGUGUCAGCUCGCUACUGUAUGGGACAUCCUGCAGCUGCCCCUUCACCGUGGACACCAGGGCUUCAGCCGAUAGAAGCCCCCCUCUGGCUUUGAGCUUUGAGAAUGAAAUCAGACAAUUGUAAUUGACAGGAAAGCAGAGGAAACGCCCCAUUUAACCAGCACUCAUGCUGAAUCAAAUUACACACCCUCUGCGUCUGCCUUAGCCCCAGCCUGGGGAUUUCAGAGGGCUAGAGGAGAGCGGAUGGGGGUAGGGAUUAAAGCUGUUGAAUGAUAGGGGGGGAUUCAUUUUGGCUGUAAGAGGAGAGAAGUAGGCUCUAAAAAAAACCCUUCCAGAUCUUGCAUUUUUAUUGGUCAUUCAAGUCUUGCUCCGAGUUUUGAGUAGUUGUCACAUGAGAGCUGGUGUUGGCGAUUCAGCAGGCCUUUCUUUUGUUGUACUGGAGAACAAUUCAACCCGGCUUCUGUCUCAAAAAGGAAUUAACAAUUACAAAUUGUGUUUUCUAGCACACAAAGGGCCCUUCUUUAAAAAAAAAAAAAAAAAAAAAAAAAAAAGGAGCAGACCACUCACAUUUCGUGAGGACUGCAGGGAAAGCACUGUACUUGUGAAAAAGUACCCUGAGAUCUAUCGGAUGUAGGAAUAAAGAAUAGUUAUGGUUUUAUGGAUGGAAAAAUUGCACAGUGGUUUGGCUUAAGCUUUCAAUGUCAAAUUCAAGGCAGUAUGACACUGUUCUUUGAACUUAGUAUUUUUGUUAUUUUGUUUUCUGCCUUAAUAUUUUUUAUUCAAAUAUUGCCAUUGCUUUGGCAUACAAGGUAGCAACUUUGGCCUUUGAUAGUAUCGCCCCGUAGGAAAACUUUUUAAAGUACUUAUUUUUGGAGAAACAGAAUGUGAAUCAAACUUCUUGGGUGGGUAUAAGAGGGAUUCAGGAAUUAGGCUCUUAAAACACUUUACUUCAAAUAUAAAGUAGAGCACCUUAUAAGAAAACAUGCGCAAUUGAUUCAAACCAAACCGACCACUGAUGGUGAAUACAUUUCAUAGAAUUUGAAAGAAAUGCACAUAAGGAUUCCCUAUCAUUUUUUGUACUAUGGUGGUUCUUGUUCUUCUUAAUACUUCAGUAGUAGUAGUGGUUAUGUGGGAGACCCCUCGUCCAUUGAGUCAAUGCUGAUGACUUGGUGGAGUUUUGCACUGGUUUAAUGAAGAGAGGGCUUUUUGGAGAUUCUCCCUGUUUAGACGCUGUAUAAGUUAAUAAGUAUUGUACUUAAUGGGAAAGCACUCUGAGCAUCUAUGUAAAUACAGUAUGUGUAUCGGUUAUGGACAUCAAGAUAAAGGCCAGCUUAAAGUGAGGUUUUGAUUAUUUUUAAAAAGCUGAAGGUGUCAUUGUCAAUGUUUUAGCAUAUGGAAUUCAAGAUGUUGAGUUUAGGGAGAGUAAUCUUUUAUAUAUGCGCCCCAUCAUCUUUUUGACUAUAAUAGUACGUUGUAUAUUAGAUAGAUCCAUACAUUUAAGAAAUAUUAUUUAAACUGAUUAACUUAGUAUUUCAUCCAAAUAGAGAUAAUAAAUUAACCAGACACUACUAUAAACUGUAAUAAUGAAUAUCCUUUAUGAAGCAGCUGAUGUAUAAAUCCAAGCUCAAAUAAAAACUGAAAUGAAUAGUAUGUGUAAUAACUUACCCCUAAUGGAUAAAUCCGUUUCUAUGUAUAUUAGGAUAAAAGCAAUAAUAGGACUAUACUGGGAUAAUAAAAAGAGGAGGUCUGCUUAGUCAGUUCUUUACAUAAUAUUCUAUUCAGAAACUGACCUUGACGUUUAGGAUGCUAUUGCAUUUGUCUCACAUCUACUAAAAAUUCAUUAUGGAUUCAUGCCAGUGUAGAAACAGAGAUAUAAUUAAUUAGUAACACUUUCAGGAUAACUCAUUGUUCUUGUUGCGUUCAUCAGGGUCAUUCAGAAAUUUGAUUGCUUACUUUUUUUUUUUUUAUGUUGAUUCUCAACCCAAACACAGGGUGGGUCAGGACAAACUUAAGGAUUCCCUUUCCUGAGUAGCGCUGAAAACAUGAAACUGCAAAUUUCUGUGACUAAGAGGAAAUCUUACUGCGCUGUAAAAGUGUUCCCUUGAGUGUAAACAAACAUCAGGAUAGUGUCAGCAUGAGGGUCUGUUCUCUUUGUUAACAAAAGCAGGACAGGAUGACUUUACUUAAUGAUGGACUGAUGUCUUGAAGGUCAGAAACGUACACACAGCAGGGAGAGACGGGGUGAGGAACAUGAUAUGAUGUACUGUACCAGCUUCACUCUGACUGCAGUCAUGUAGUGACUAUUAUUUAACAUUAAGUUACAGACAGAGGCAGGUGUGUAACUCAUAGCACAUCCUCUGUUCUCUUAGUAAUACGUUUCUGCUUUCAUGGCUCUUUUUGCACCUACUUUUUCCAUCUUUUUUUUUUUGGUUGUUUUUUGAAAGAAAAAGGUCAGACAUAGCCAAAGAACAAAGUUAAAGGAGAGGACAUGGGCUUAAAAAAAAACACUCAAGUUCACUUAUUUUAGCAUCAAAAUCUGCUCGGUUAAAAGUUUAUUGAAUCAGGAUUAUUAAAGAAUAAUCUCAUAGCUAGAUUCACUCUGUUUACCCAAAAGUCUUGGAGGCCACUCAGUUGAUAUCUGUGAAAUGGAGGCAUAUCAUGUUUCAGUGUUGUAAGAUUAGUUUAAUACGACAGGGGCGCCGGUAACAGACUUACUUCUCCCCGAAGAGAUCAGCGAAAGCACAUCCCUGAACUUCCACUGUUCUUUGAGUGAUUUUCUAUCGUCCCGGUGAAGUUGUUUGGGGCAGAAACUAGUCCAGGGAGGGUCUUAAUCUCUUUGAAAAACUUCACUGGUGUUUAAAAGGGACUGUCCGAAUCACUUACUAAAACAGACUGGGAUGAAACUGUGUUCACAACGACAAGCCAGUGACAAUUCAGGCCCAAUUCCUCGUUUUUCGACCCCUGGAGCAAACUGUGAGGGUUUUCUUGUAGAUGUAAACAAGGUCAGUGUAAUAGUGAAUAAAGCAACACUGUGGUUUUAGUUAAUAUCAUUUAGAGAGCCAUCGACUGUAUCCUUAAGUUUAACUGCAUGUAAGUAAAGUAUAGUACAGUAGGUAAGAUUUAUCAGAAAAAAAGUUAAGAUCGCAUAAAGAAUUCAUCAGCGUGAUACCUAAAGUGUAUAAAAAGCUUUAAGACCUUAAAGUGAACAUCGGUCAAAAUCAUAUAUUUACCGUGUAGUUUAACUAAUUGAUACAUAAAGUUUAAUUAUGAUUCUCUUAAGAAUAUGCUAAGCUGUAAGUUUCAUUUGUCCAACUCACCCAGUAUGAAAUACUUUUGAAUUCAGUGGAGCGACAAAGGGGCGGGGUGACUCACAGUGACAUUUGAUUCAUUAAGUUCUUGUUAGUAUUAUUUACAAUAUUGUAUUAAACUUACUAUAAUAGUAAUGGUAGAAACUGUUGAUGUUUUUCUUCUCUUGAUAUGAAAAGGUCUUUAUGCAUUUAUGUAGAAUCCCUUUUUAAGGAGUGAUAGGAAAUCCUUAUUUUCAAUGGAUGCACUUAAGCAAUUGUACCAACCUGUCUAAAUCACACAUUGAGCAAGUAAUGCAUUUGAAUGUAAAAAAAAGACCACUCAACUCGAUGCACUCCUUAUGCUUAUUGUUUUUUUCAAUUUACAAGUGAGCUUUAAGUUUUUUUGUUUAUGUUUUUGUUUUUUUUUUAAGAAAAAUUUUGCGACAGGUUUUCAACUUAGACUAUAUUUGAGUUCUUCCACAUACAUUUAUAGAAAGUAACUUAAAAUGAAUAAAAAAAACAUAUUACAAUUUCUCAAAUCUAUUUUGCUAACAUGGGUUAUUAUUUCAUAGAAAGCAGAGGAAAAAAAGUCAGUAUCUGGAUGUUAUUUAUGAAAAGUAAAAAAAAUGAAGCAACAUAUUUAUGAGUAACCUCAAGACAUUUUGUUUUUUAAUUAAAAUUACAAGAAGUUAAUAUAUUUCUAAACACAGGGAAGUCAGUUUCUACUAAUAAGUAAAAUGAGAAAAGAGGUUUAGAAGUUUUAUUUAUGAAAGCUAUGGGUGCUCGUCUUUCCUGUGUACAUUCAUGGUAAAUGAAGUCAACGGAACGAGAGCUUCCUAUAGCUUAAAUUUUAACUUCGGACGUGCACUAUCACAACAUCGGUGCAGUCACAAUGGAAUAAUGACAGAAAAUAAUAUAAUAUUUUUUAGAAUUUGGAGAUAUUUUAGUCACAGAGCAUCAAUUUUGUGCCUCAAUUAUAUAUUUUUCCUGCAUCAGCAUUCUUUGUGUAGUGCUGCUUGCUGUUACCCUUUUCCCCCCUUCAACUAACCCCAUGUUACUGACUGAAACACAUUACUCAUUUCCUCUGUAAUCUAAACUCGCUUUUACUUAUCAAACCUAUAAAACAUGUUACGACUGCAACGCUUGGAUGAAUGAGGCAGCUGUGACCCUUCUGCCAAUAGGGUCACACAUAACUUGUACACACUUUCAUUCAUACAUUUUCUACAUCUACUACUCAGACAGUUUGUGAUCACUAGCGACAGAGCAUAAUCAGCCUAAAGGCAGCCUUUUAUGAGAGACUUCCCCUAAUGUGUUAAUUAGGUGAAGUGUGAAAAUUGAGUGGAGGUAUCUAGGAGAGGACAACAGCGCACUGUGUAGUAGAUCUAUGUAACUAGAUGCACACAUAUACACACACAACAGAUUCAUUACCGUACUAGUUUGCAUGUAUGUUGUAUGGUCACUUAGAUAGGAGGAACGGCACAUGUCCUGUGUUAUCCUUUAACACCAGGACACCUGGGCUGUUGCUCCUCUGUAGAUUUUCAUAGUUGGAGUCUCUUUGGAAAGUGUAAAAGUUGACAUGAGUUUGGGGCCAAGCAAAGACACCAUUUCAGUCCCCACAUCAAAGUUGGACUUUGUAUUCUCAGUUACCUGUUCCUGAUGAAAGACUGUUUGCACCUCAUAUGAAUUAACUUGAAGUUUUUAGUUUGUGUAAGAGUAGAUACAGUAAUGAAAACUUGACGAAAACACAACAAUAGCACAUUUUCUGCUGCAUGUAAACGAUGGGGACUGAAGUGGCGUUUGCUGGUGAAACUUGCAACCUUUUCCAAAGAGGCCAAAACAGUCUGACAGUUUGUCUUUGGUAGCGUUUCCAAUUUUUCCAGCACAGUAGAGGUGUUUCAUACCGGUCUAAUAGUGGUUGUAGUGCAUUAGUUUUUGGGCCAGCAUCACCUGGCGAUAGUUUCUGGUUUCUCUGUGAACAGUGAAAGAGGGUUGCCUAUGUGGCCCUGUGUGGCUGACCGUCAACUUUGAUGGAUGGAAAAAAAAAAAAAAGAAGUCUUUGAACUCUGUUACAGUAUGCCAUGCUCUUACGAGGCAUGUGAUAUUGCAGGUUUAUUUGUUAUAGCAAAUGUUUUUUUUUUGUGAAUUACAUCUUUUGGAGACAUUUUUAUUACUAUUAUUGUAUCUGCGCCAUGUUAGUUCUGGUUCUUUGUUAUUUUUCCAAGAUUCAAGAUGUAUUGUAAAUGUUUCUAAUAAAACAAAAAUGAAAUGAUCUUCAAUUGAAA